ACUAAGAAAGUUGGCACAUUUAGACAGACCUUUCGAUGAACUAACGCAAAUAGAUGCUCUAAAAAGGAGGUUACCAAAUAGAGUUCAGUGGGACUUGGUAUAUGGGCCAGAUGAUUCAGUUGAACAAUUUUUGAAUUACGUGGAGAAAUUGGAUCGUGCAUUAGAAAGAGCAAAGAUUUAAUGGACAUCAUUAUGAACAAAAUCAUGGAGGGUGGAACCAAAAUUCUAAUAAUGGGAAUAAUGGUAGGCGAAAUAAUCAUAAUGGGAAUAAUCAGCAGGAUCGUCAAGGUAAUUUUCAGGGAGAUUUCAAUAGAGGAGAGAAUAGCAACUGGCGUCAACAUGAGAAUAAGGGAGGUAAUUAUUAUGGUGGGAACAUAAAUAGACAAUGGGAAAAUCCAGAUAGAAGACAAGAUGGGAAUGGGCAAGGCCAGUUAAACUAAGAGCCGUCCCAAUGAGGGCCUGUCAGUUUGAGACUAACAUAUAUAAUGCUAGAAAUCAGACUAAGUGGAAUCAGAAUAGGUAUGGGCAAAAUGAUUACAGAAAAAGACAUAGUAAUAACAUGACAAGAGCACCAGAAAUUGAUAAGAGACCUUUUGAUAAACAGUUUUGGCAGCAAGUCAGUGAGAAGGCUAUGAGCACAGAUAAUUCUAGACACAUUAGUAAUGAAGAUUCAGAGGUUAGUGGGGAGAUAAUGAAUAAUUUGUUUAGGGAGGAAGAAAGUGAUGUGAGGGGGGAUGUAGGUGGUUGUUCCUAUGUUAAUAAUAGUUAUGAUACCUUCGGAAUAAAUGCAUUAAUGUAUUCUGAUGAAAUUGCAGUAAAUAGAGAUCUGAGUGAUGUAAAAAUUUCUGUGGGUGAGAAUGUCAAUCAAGUACUGAAUAAUAAGGUUGUAGAAUUAGAAGAAGUAGAGUGUGAUGUUGAUGUGAGAAGUUGUGCUGAAGUAGCUAAGGUUAGGGAAGUUGAGUCAAAUGGUGAGAUGUUAAAUGAUGCUGAGGAAGAGGCAGUUGAUGAUAGUGAUGAUAUGGAAUAUAGAAGUGAGAUAAGAGUAUUUGUUGUGAUUAAGAAUGAUGCAGAUGUAGUUAUGAAGGAGGAGGGUAAUAGUGUUAGAGAAAAUAAUCAUUCAGUACAAGAGGAUCAGGCUGCAGUCACGUGGGUUAAUACAUCACCAGUAAUCGAGGGGAUAGACAGGGAUGACAUUAAUAUUGCGAAUGAAGAGAAGGUAAUUAUUAACUUAGGAAACCAGGGACAAGAGUUCAUUUGUAGAUUGUGGGACAGCCUUAAUGAGGCUAAUAAACAUAAUAUGUUUUGGAUACAAUUGUUAUCCAUCUGCGAGAAGGAAAAUUACCAUGAUAUAAUUUGACAGAUGAGGCGAUUAAGGGGCCAAAUUCGAGAGGAGAAGACCAGCAAAAAGAGACGAGAAGACAACUAUUGAAGAUUUCAAAAAAAAGUUGUUCAUUGCUUUGCGUAUCUGUCGAGAUCUCUUGCAAGAUACUUUUGCAUGAAAUCUCAGGGGUGUAUAAUGUAACGAACUACGGAAGAGUGCGAUACCACCCUUAUAGUCGCAUCUGCCCUUGCAGGGUCAGUGCUCCAAUUUCAUUUCUAUGAUUUUUUAUUUAAUAUUAUUGUGUGUAGUAUUUAAUUUUGCCCAAAUCUUUUUUUAUUAUAUUAUUCUAUAAUGUGAACUUUAUUUGUUUAUUUCUGGAGAAUAUGUUGGCACCAGUGUGAGCCAAAGAUAUUCGUGUGUGAAAGGUAGAGAGUCGGACGUUGUUAAGGUGACUGUUGGAGUGAGUUAGUUGGACUGUUGUGGGGAGAGUGUGGUUUUGUGAGGUGGACUGUUGAUGGGAGUAUGGAAGGAAGUCUGUCAUCUUAUAUAGAGAGUAUCUAUAAAUAGUAUGUGAUAUGAA